CCCUCCAGCCUGGCCUCUCUGAGCUGCUCCCCACCCUCAGUCAAGAAACUGGGGUGCUUGCCCUGCACCCCAUCAGCCCUCAAGUCCCUGGCCUGCCUGGCAUGCAACCCCUCGGUCAAGUCGGUCAGCUCCUCCUGCAGCUUCUGCAGCAGCGACCCCAUCGUGGCCUACGACCCCCCAGCCCGGAGCUCGUCCCCCUCCAGCUACGACGAGGAUGAUUACAGUGUGCGCACCAUCUGGCCUGAGGAGCUGGCCAAGAAGAUGAGCCGCUCCCGCACCCAGCAGCAGGGGGCGCCCCUGAUCCUGGAUUGCCGCAACCUGGUGCAGUACACCAAGAGCCAGCUGCAGGGCGCCAUGCACUUCAGUGUGUCGGACGCAGCUGGCAGGCGGCACCCCUGUCCCUCUGGCCCCUCCUGA